CGGCUGGUGCGGGGAGGGGAAAGGUAACGGUGGCAUCUGAGGCCUCUGGUCUUUCUCCUUUAAACCUCCGCAUCUCAGCCCACAGCCCUGCACGUGUGAAGCCCGAGGGCGGAGGAGACCUUGAAACCCCGAACCCGCCUCCCAUCGGCAGGCAGGGGAGUGUGACAUUUUUUCAUCAUUCAAGUCCUCUGUCUCUGAAUGUGGUGGAAGCACGGCAUAUCCUCAAGAUGCAGGUGUGAUUGGUCAACAUAAAGUCGCCUGAGAAAACGACCCAGAGCAGGAGGAGGAAGAGGACAAUAUGGCUGCUUCUCAGGGGCACUUGACCUUCAGUGAUGUGGCCAUAGAAUUCUCUCAGGAGGAGUGGGCGUGCCUGGACCCAGCUCAGCGGAAACUGUACGUGGACGUGAUGUUGCAGAACUACAGGAACCUGGUAUUCCUGGGUGUGUCUAAGCCAGACUUACUCACCUUUUUGGAGCACAUGAAGGAGCCCUGGGAGUUGAAGGGAAAAAAGACAAUACCCAUCCAGCCAGGUAGGUGGGAAUCAAGGAAACAGAUGAUCCAGCUAUAUCUUCUCAAGUCACCCAGGGUUUGUUGCCAAAGUCAGGUGUAGAAGUGUCAUUCCAGAAAAUGUUACAGAGUACAUAUAAUGAAGAGAGAAGUCACCAAUGCAAUGACUCUCAGAAAAACUUUAACCAAGGGUCAAAUUCUAAUAACCAUCAGAGAGCUCAGCUUCCACAGAACAAGUAUAAAUGUCCUAAAGUCUUUGAAAAAAGGUCAAAUGUUUUUAUACCUCAGAGUAUUCUUACUGUAAAGACAGAAAGUUUUAGUGAAUGUGCCAAGUCUUUCAACCAAUCAUCAAAUCUUACUGAACAUAAAAAUACUCAUAUUGAGGAGGAGUCUUUCCAGUGUAAUCACUAUGUGAAAGUGUUUAGUCAGUCCUCUAAGUUAAAUAUAC